CCCAAUGGCAUUGAAUAUUUAUCUAAUUUUUCUCCUUAGUUUUUUGUCCCUUAUCGUGUGCAAACCUAUCGUUAAUGGUAAUUUUAAACCGAUUGAACCCAAUUUGAGUGAAUACCCGUUCCACGCCAACUUAUUACAAGUAAUAAACCGAAACUUUUUGUUUAGUUUUUGUGGUGGCAGUUUAAUUCACCCCAAAUGGGUGCUAACUGCCGCUCAUUGCAUCCAAGAAAACCAAAAAAGUCGUCGUUUUAAACCUGGCGAGCUUCGCGUUGCAUUAGGUAGUGUCUAUAACAGCGGCAAAAAAGCCCAAAUUUUACAGCCGGUGAAACUAAUAAUUCAUCCGACUUAUCUAAAAACCGAUCGCAACGAUAUCGGUUUAAUCAAACUCGAGAAAAAUGCUAAACUAACCCCGAAUGUAAACCUAAUUCGGUUACAUAUCGACAACAAUGAGAAUUUGCUACAAAAAACCGCUUUUCUCACCGGUUUCGGUUACACCGACGAUGGGGGCCCAAGCCCGAAAAGACUCCGAAAGGCGGUCCUCCACAUCGCAGAUUAUAAAAAAUGUGCGGGGAAUCCCCGCUUGCGACAUGUUGAAAUCUGUGGCUCCUCCACAAUCUCAGAAGGCAAAGCUUGCGAUGGUGACAGUGGUGGUCCUCUUUUUAUUAAGAAAAAUAAAAACUACAUUCAAGUGGGGAUAACGAGUUACUUGGCUCGGUCACCGAAAUGUCGACUUUCCAACAACAAUUCGGUUUAUACAAGAGUCUCGGCGUACAUUGCCUGGAUUUCGGGAACGACAGGAAUUAAUUUUAGGAAAUUCAACCAAAAUUAACUGUGGCGACGCCUAUGGAGAAAACUGUGCGUUUAAAUGGACGUUACUAAGGAAACAAGCUUGUUGCUAGGGAAACAAAGUAUAUUUUAAUGAAACCAUAGGCGUCCCGUAUGUUUGGUAAAUGUUUUAAAAUACAG